UAGUUUGCAGACUGCAGUUUAGUGGUCUCUGUCAUCCAGCUGACUUGCAACUGAAAGGAAAUUCGUUGGUGUUGUCCGCAUUUUCGUGGCGCGGGUGUGUGCGACUGUUGCAUGGUGUUCAAGCAUGUGUGAGAGUCGUCGAAUUUUGUGAACGGUCAACCGUGUGUGUAGUGCUGUGAAAUGUUAUCAAAAAGGGAGACUAGUUCUUUAUUUGUUCAGCUGAUGCUUCUCUUGUAUCUAUUUGCCACUAUCCGGAUUGCAAACUGUCAAGAAAAACGAUGUGGCCACCCAGCCGUUCCUGUAAAUUCUAGGGUGAGCCUGAGCAGCGACUCACUAACGCCUGGCACUUCAGCCACCUACACCUGUGAUAUAGGAUACGAAUUAUUCGGGUCAUCUAGUAUUACCUGUUCGGCGAAUGGUAACUGGGUCGGAGAGCUACCAUUUUGCGGCACAAACGUGGCACUGAGGCGACCGGCGAACCAGUCGACGACGGUGCGAGGGGGAUCGGCGGGCAACGCCAAUGACGGAGAGACGACGACCGUUCACGACGGACGCCGCUGCACCGAGACGCACAAGGAGGCGGCGCCUUGGUGGCAAGUCGAUCUGCUCCGCCCCUAUCCCAUCCGGGUCGUCCGCGUCACCACCAGGGGUUGCUGUGGUCAUCAGCCUCUUCAAGACAUAGAAAUUAGGGUAGGAAACAGCACUUCGGAACUACAAAGGAAUCCACUAUGUGCCUGGUAUCCAGGUACCAUAGAGGAAGGAGUCACCAAAACUCUCACCUGCGCUCGUCCUCUCAUUGGUCAGUUUGUGACGCUGCAACUGAUUGGUGUCGAGGCUUCUUUGUCACUUUGUGAAGUUGAAAUAUUCACCACUGAUGAGUUCUCGAACGACAGGUGUGCGCCGACAGGUGUGGGUGAGGAGGCACAGAUCGUAGCGUUCGACCGCACCUGCUACGAGUUCAGCGUCGCCAAGGGCGGCAGCUUUGAGGAGGCGCGCGCACAGUGCCGCAAACAUGGCGGCGGCGACCUGGUGCAUGGCCUCAUGGGAGUGCACAACGCCUUCCUAUUGGCCGAGCUCGAGCGUCGCAAGGCCAGUCUCAAGACACAGCUGGUCUGGAUCGGCGCCCAAAAGGAGCCUGGCUUCACGUCGCGCACUUGGAAAUGGGUCAAUGGGGAGGUAAUCGGGAAGCCAUCAUGGGGUAAAGACCAGCCGAAUAACUACAACGGAGAGCAGAACUGUGUGGUUCUAGAUGGAGGCAGAAAUUGGCUUUGGAAUGAUGUUGGAUGUAAUCUCGAUUAUCUACACUGGAUUUGUCAACACACUCCUGCCCUCUGUGGCAGCCCAGACAAGCAGGUGAACACGACAAUCGAAGGUACUGACUACAGCGUCGACUCGGCCAUCACCUAUCGCUGCCCGGAGGGUCACCUGCUGAUUGGCUCCUCCAGUAGAACUUGCUCCAAAGACGGAUUCUGGACGGGCAUGGCUCCCACUUGUAAAUAUAUAGACUGUGGAGAGGUGCCGACCAUAGAGCACGGAUCCGUGGAUUAUGUCGAUAAGCGCACCACUUACAGCGCUGUGGCCAGAUUCUCGUGUGGCAUGAACUACACUCUGAACGGAGCCAAGGAGAGAACAUGCGGCGACCAAGGCAGCUGGACUGGAGAGCAGCCUCAGUGCUUGUUCGAUUGGUGCCCCGAGCCACCCAAAGGGGAAGGAGUGACCGUCUCUGUAUCUGGCAAGAAAGCCGGCUCGACCGCAACGUAUUCCUGUGAACCUGGAUUUAUUCUAUUUGGACAACAGGUUUUGACGUGCGGCUUGGGAGGUGAAUGGUCGGGAAAGGCACCGACUUGCAAGUUCGUGGACUGCCGAGCGCCGCCGAACAUCGACAACGGCAAUUACGUGCUGCUUAACGGCACGACCACACACGGCAGUGUGGCGCAAUACUCCUGCGACGAAGACCACUGGCUCGAGCCACCUGCCAGGGGCAAGAUCACCUGCAUGCGGGACGGCAAGUGGUCCGACGACCCUCCUGCUUGUGAAUUAAUUGUCUGCCCAGAACCAGACGUUCCUGACGAUGGAUACGUUGUUGGCUAUGAUUUCAACGUACACUCGUCGAUUGAGUAUCACUGCGAAGCGGGCAAUAUGCUGGUUGGAACUCGCACUCUCACCUGCAACACGCAAGGAGAGUGGAGUGGCGAUCCUCCCAGGUGCCAAUACAUAGACUGCGGAAAGGUGCAACCGAUGCCAUACGGAUCAGCGACUUACAUAAACACGACCACCUACCUGGGCAGCGAGAUCGUCUACUCGUGCGUGAAAAACUACAAACUGGUGGGAGCGACGCGGCGGUCGUGCCAGGAGAACGGCCAAUGGAGUGACCAGUCGCCGCGCUGCGAAGAAAUCAGAUGCCCUGAGCCGGUGCUAGCCGCACAUGCGAUUCUGUCGGUGACCGGCAACGACCGGGUCUACGGACGCACACUCAUCAAGACAGCCGACUCGGCCACCUCGGUCGCCACCUACAAGAUAGGCGCGCUCGUCAAGUACAGGUGCGAGCGAGGCUACAAGGUCAUGGGAGAUCCUCUAAGCACCUGUGAGGACUCUGGUCACUGGAGUGGCGAUGUGCCACAGUGUGUUUUUGUCGAUUGCGGCAUGCCGACACCUCCGGCCCACGGCCGCUUUACACUGGCGUCGAAUGCCACUUACUACGGCGCGGCUGUCCUCUACGAGUGCGACAACAACUACGAGCUGGAUGGAUUCGCUCGCAGGCUCUGUCUCGAAAAUGGCACCUGGAGUUCAGACACGCCUUCCUGUAAAGAAAUCGUGUGUAAGGAGCCUGAGAAGUUGGGCUCGAUGAUAGUACAAGUGUCGACACACAGCGUAGGGGGAGUAGCGCACUACGCAUGCCCGAGGGGAUCCAUCUUGGAGGGAAACUCAACUCGCAUCUGCCUCAACAAAGGCCUAUGGAGCGGAAAGCUGCCCAGUUGCAGAUAUGUUGAUUGUGGCCACCCAGGACCAAUUGAGAACGGCAGAGUGAUCGUGAUGAAUGGCUCGACAGAGUACAGCAAUGCUGUUGAAUAUCACUGCGUGCCACACCACCACAGGAUAGGUCCCUACCUCAGAAAGUGCAUGGAAGAUGGCCUCUGGUCGGGUGAUGAGCCCCGCUGUGAAUUGGUUUCUGGACCAACAAGUGAAUCUCAAACUCUAGGACUGGCAAUUGGCAUUGGCGCUGGAGUGGUACUUUUCCUUCUUCUUAUACUCGGAAUUAUCUACCUCAGACUACGAAAGGAGACACCAGUUAAGAACACUGAGAACAUAGAGGGAGCGACAAGGAAGGAGGAUCAGAACGCGGCGGUGAUGUCGUAUGCGACCCUGAACGACGGCACCAACGGCAACCACAACAACAUCUACGAGAACAUCCACGAGACUGAAGACAUGUACGAUGCCCCUUAUGAGGAGACCAGUCACUACGAGCCGUCACCCGUCUCCAGGCGAAUCAACGGCAAUGCAACAGUCACCAUCAACGGAGUCGCCGUGCGAUGAACACUAGGCUAUUCAUUAUACAAAAUCGACAUUUUUGUAUAACCCAUUAUACCAUUCUACUGUAAACAUCGAAAACGCGAGAAUGAUUUAUUUAUGAAAUACUCCUACCUGAUGAUAACCACUCGUGUAUGGGUUAUUAACUUAUUGACUUUAAUAUUAUGGUCCGAGUAAGGACCGUUGGUCUUCUUUUCUCACUAAACCCUAAAAUAUUAAAAAGUGUUAGAUGCUACACAAUAAUAGCCCGAAGAAAUGGGAAUCGAACCCAUGGCCGGUGCAGCGAUAGCAGACUGAAGUUACAGCCCAGGCUAAAACGGGUUGCAAAUUAUUGAAACUUCCUUCGCUGUAUAUUCUAUUGUAUUUAGUGAAGGUGAGAAAAUAAGAACCGGUAUAUAAUUUAUUUGAAUGAAGUUUAGAAAAUGGAAUGAAAAACGUAUUCUACAUACUACAGUGUUGUUGCAAUUUAAAGAAGAAUAAAAUCAUUUCGACUAAUGAACCCUCGACUAUUUAAGGAUUU